CUCAUCUCAUCUUGUUAAAGCCGCUUUGUAAGUUUCUCCCUCCCUCUUUGCUCGACCAAACCGCUUUUUUUCUCUCAAGAUGCAGAUAUUUGUUAAGACACUAACCGGCAAGACCAUCACCCUUGAGGUUGAAUCUUCUGACACUAUUGAUAAUGUAAAGGCCAAGAUUCAAGACAAGGAGGGCAUCCCCCCAGACCAGCAGAGGUUGAUCUUUGCUGGGAAGCAGCUAGACGACGGUCGCACCCUGGCAGACUAUAACAUCCAAAAGGAAUCUACCCUUCAUUUGGUGCUCAGGCUGAGGGGAGGAAUGCAAAUUUUCAUUAAGACUCUCACCGGUAAGACCAUCACCCUUGAGGUCGAAUCUUCUGACACCAUUGAUAAUGUAAAGGCCAAGAUUCAAGACAAGGAGGGCAUCCCCCCAGACCAGCAGAGGUUGAUCUUUGCUGGGAAGCAGCUAGAGGAUGGUCGCACCCUGGCAGACUAUAACAUCCAAAAGGAAUCUACCCUUCAUUUGGUGCUCAGGCUGAGGGGAGGAAUGCAAAUUUUCAUUAAGACUCUCACCGGUAAGACCAUCACCCUUGAGGUCGAGUCUUCUGACACCAUUGAUAAUGUAAAGGCUAAGAUUCAAGACAAGGAGGGUAUCCCCCCAGACCAGCAAAGGUUGAUCUUUGCUGGGAAGCAGUUGGAGGACGGUCGCACCCUGGCAGACUAUAACAUCCAGAAGGAAUCUACCCUUCAUUUGGUGCUCAGGCUGAGGGGAGGAAUGCAAAUUUUCAUUAAGACUCUCACCGGUAAGACCAUCACCCUUGAGGUCGAAUCUUCUGACACCAUUGAUAAUGUAAAGGCCAAGAUUCAAGACAAGGAGGGCAUCCCCCCAGACCAGCAGAGGUUGAUCUUUGCUGGGAAGCAGCUGGAGGAUGGUCGCACCCUGGCAGACUAUAACAUCCAAAAGGAAUCUACCCUUCAUUUGGUGCUCAGGUUGAGGGGAGGAAUGCAAAUUUUUGUUAAGACCCUCACCGGUAAGACCAUCACCCUUGAGGUUGAAUCUUCUGACACCAUUGAUAAUGUAAAGGCCAAGAUUCAAGACAAGGAAGGCAUCCCCCCAGACCAGCAGAGGUUGAUCUUUGCUGGGAAGCAGCUAGACGACGGUCGCACCCUAGCAGACUAUAAUAUCCAAAAGGAAUCUACCCUUCAUUUGGUUCUUAGGCUUAGGGGAGGGAUGCAAAUUUUCAUAAAGACUCUCACCGGCAAGACUAUCACCCUUGAAGUCGAAUCUUCUGACACCAUUGAUAAUAUAAAGGCCAAGAUUCAAGACAAAGAGGGCAUUCCCCCAGACCAGCAAAGGUUGAUAUUUGCUGGGAAACAGUUAGAGGAUGGUCGCACCCUAGCGGACUACAAUAUUCAGAAGGAAUCUACCCUUCAUUUGGUUCUCAGGCUCAGGGGAGGGAUGCAAAUAUUCAUUAAGACUCUCACCGGCAAGACCAUCACCCUUGAGGUUGAAUCUUCCGAUACUAUUGAUAAUGUGAAAGCUAAAAUUCAAGACAAAGAGGGUAUUCCACCAGACCAGCAAAGGUUAAUCUUUGCUGGGAAACAAUUAGAGGAUGGUCGCACCCUUGCGGACUACAAUAUCCAGAAGGAGUCCACCCUCCACCUGGUGCUCCGCCUUCGUGGUGGCCAGUGAACCCUUGUCCUGCUCGUUUGCUGCUUUGAUGUGUGGUGUCUCGUAUGUUGAUAAUGUUGUCUGUGGUGAAGUGUCCUCGUCGGUUGACAAUGUUAUGCUGGAACUCAUGUUAAUGUGUGGCAAUAAUGUUUUCGGUAACUUCUGGUCUUUGCAUACUCUUUUUGUAUGGCCAUAUUUUGUCUCUGAUGUAGUUCUUUCUCUGUUUGAUAUUUCUUACAUCGCCAGUUUAAUCAA